AUGAUGUUGCAAGGACAAAGAAUAAGAUGUGGAGUCGUAAGACUUCUUCCGUUGUUGAGAAGAUCGAUGACUACGGGUGCAGCGCCAUUGGAUGCUUCCAAACUGAAGAUUACGAGGACUAAAACGCCCUCGCAGCCCAAACCGAACGAUGAAUUGGUGUUUGGUAAGACCAUGACCGAUCACAUGUUGACCAUAGAAUGGGACAGGACUAACGGAUGGGCCGUUCCCGAGAUCAAGCCCUACUCGACCUUGAAUCUGGACCCAGCCUGUUGUGUAUUCCACUAUGGGUUCGAACUGUUCGAGGGUCUGAAGGCUUACAGAACUCCAGAUGACAAAAUCACCAUGUUCAGACCAGAUAUGAACAUGAAACGUAUGAACAAGUCUGCAGCCAGAAUCUGUCUGCCCACCUUCGACUCCCAGGAGUUGAUCGCCUUGAUUGGAAAAUUGAUCCAGCAGGACAAGCACCUGGUUCCAAAGGGCACCGGGUACUCCUUGUACAUCCGACCAACUAUGAUUGGAACCACCGACUCUUUGGGAGUUAGCGUCCCAGACAAGGCGCUGUUGUUUGUCAUCGCUUCUCCAGUCGGGCCUUACUACAAGACUGGUUUCAAAGCAGUGCGCCUCGAGGCCACCGACUAUGCCACUAGGGCUUGGCCAGGUGGUGUUGGUGACAAGAAAUUAGGUGCCAACUAUGCUCCAUGUAUCUUGCCUCAGCUGCAGGCCGCGGGAAGAGGCUACCAGCAAAACUUGUGGCUGUUUGGCCCAGAGAAGAACAUCACCGAGGUUGGUACUAUGAACGUCUUCUUUGCCUUCCAGGACAAGAAGACUGGCAAGAAGGAGUUAGUUACCGCUCCCUUGGACGGCACCAUUCUUGAAGGUGUCACCAGAGAUUCCAUCUUGGAGCUGGCUAGAGAAAAGCUAGAUCCAAGCGAGUGGGAAAUCAAUGAGCGUUACUACAGCAUCAAUGAAGUUGCUGAGAGAGCUGCGAAGGGUGAGUUGUUGGAAGCCUUUGGCUCUGGUACUGCUGCUGUGGUAUCCCCAAUCAAGGCCAUCGGAUGGCAAGGAAAUGACAUCGAUGUCCCACUGCUACCUGGUGAGCAAAGUGGCCCACUGACGAAGCAAUUAGCUAGCUGGAUCGCAGCUAUCCAGUACGGUAAAGAGCAGCACGGUAACUGGUCACAAGUUGUUGCCGAUUUAAAUUGA